AUGGCGCUGCAUAUUCCCUUUCUCUCGCGCCUGCACAUCCGCGAGUACAUCGCCUUGCUCCUGUCCAUCUCCCUCAUCAUCCUCGAGUCCUUCAUUGCCGUCAUCACCCUCGCCCUGCCGACGCCCAUCAUCAACUUUUGCUACCGCCUUACCCGCCGCCUCUUCAACUACUGCUCCUCGCCCUCGUCCAAGCGCUCGCGUGACAAGAAAAAAGCCGUCUGGAGCUCCAUUGCCAAUGCCUCCGAUUUUUCCGAACUGUGCCAGCUCUACGGAUACGAAUGCGAGGAGCACAUCGUCCAGACGGGCGACGGUUACCUGCUGGGCUUGCACCGCCUGGCAUGGAAAAGGGGCGAGGAAAACGUGCGAGUCAACCCCCGCGACCGCGCAAAGGGCCAGAAGAAGAAGGUUGUCUACCUACACCAUGGCCUCAUGAUGAAUAGCGAGGUAUGGGUGUGCCUGACGGCCAAGGAACGAUGUCUGCCCUUUGAGCUGGUAGAGCGCGGCUACGACGUCUGGCUCGGCAACAAUCGCGGCAACAAGUACUCCAAGAAGAGUGUGCAUACGCCCCCGACCUCGAGCAGCUUCUGGAACUUCAGCAUGGACCAAUUCGCCUUCCACGACAUCCCCGACUCGAUUUCAUACAUUCUCGAGACAACCCACCAGCCCUCUCUGUCGUACAUUGGCUUCUCCCAGGGAACCGCUCAGGCUUUUGCCACGCUAUCCAUACACCCAACGCUCAACGAAAAGGUCGAUGUCUUCAUUGCGCUGGCGCCAGCCAUGUCGCCCAAGGGUGUUGCAUCUGGAAUCGUCGAUGCCUUUGUAAAGGCCUCCCCAAACAUCCUCUACCUCGCGUUUGGCCGCAAAUCCAUUCUUCCCUCGACCACCAUGUGGCAGUCUAUCCUGUAUCCACCUAUCUUUGUCCGUGUGAUUGACAAGUCUUUGAAGUUUCUUUUCGGAUGGACUGCUAAUAACAUUUUGCCUGAGCAAAAGCUCGCCGCGUAUCCCCACCUCUACUCCUACAGUUCGACCAAGAGUGUAGUGCACUGGUUCCAAAUCAUCCGCAACGGCACGUUCCAGAUGUACGACGAUGAUGACUCGAACCCAAUCAUCUCUAACCGAUCCAAGUAUUACAAGGUUGCCAAGUUUCCCACUAAGAAUAUCAAGACACCUAUUGUGCUGGUCUACGGUGGGUCGGAUAGUCUGGUUGAUAUCAACAUUAUGUUGAAGGAGCUCCCCUCUCAUACAAUCGCCAAGGAGAUCCCCCACUACGAGCAUCUGGACUUUUUGUGGGCAGAGUCUGUCAACACUCUGGUCUUCCCACAUGUUUUUGAGUAUCUGGAAAAAUUUGCAGUCACGGAAAGCGAGACGGCCAAUGGUAUUAAAGAGAAGCGACGGUCACCAAUCACAUACAGAAGUCUCCUACCGGGAAUCGAUACUCUGCCUGAGCAAGAAGGAUACGACGAUGUAGGAGACGAAAGGAAGGUAGCUUCACCCACCCUCCGACCCAGGCGAGGCUCUCCCCCAACCCGACGAGCAAUCUCCUACCAUGGCCCAUCCUCAGCUGACAGUCCCUCGGUGAUUACCAGCCCCGUUAUAGCGUCCAGAAUGUCCUACCCAGCUGCCUACAAGAUGAAUACGGAAGAAAUAUUCCCAUCCAUCCGCAGCAGAAUCAUGUCGCCACCUCCGACAAACCGAGUCUCACUCACUUUUGAUUCCCCCGAAAACUCGCAGACCACCGCCCAAACCUCAACAUCUCGCCCCGAAGGCUGGUGGUCCUCCGACGAAGUUGCCGGCACCGACCCCUCUCAAUCUACCACCCCGGCGAGUCCCACUCCCGCCAGGCGACUCAGCAUCGGCAGCCAGCAAAGCACAAAAAGUAUGGCGGGCAAGUUUGGCGCCAAAGGCAUCACCGUUGGCGCCAGCAAGGCCGUCAGCGCCGUAUCAGCGGGCGAGGGCAUCGGCGAAGGCCACAACGCCGGCACCACCGAGAACAAGAAGCAGCGUCGCAACACACUCAAGAAGAAGCAGCCA